UGGUCUGGUGCUUGCUGCGAACGUCAGCAUCAGCUGGCAUCAAUUUAACAUUAUAAUUUGUUCAAUGUAUUGUUUAAAUGAGUAAAUAUGAGUUCUGAAUUAGAUUUGUCUGGUAUUGAUUUAAUUGAUAGCAAAGAAGGUAUUCUAAAUUUAGUGAUUAAAAACAAAUUAGAUUGUCCCUAUGAUGGUUGCAAUGCUUCAUUUUCAAAACAAAACAAGUUAACGUACCACAUAAGAAGACAUAAUGGAGAGAGGCCAUACCUAUGCACUGCAUUUGGCUGCGGGAAAUCAUACACCAAUUCUACACAUUUACUCAGACACUGCAGAGACGUUCACAAUCCUAAUAAACCAAAAGAAACCUUUCCAUGUAGCCAUGAGGGCUGCACAAAGCAGUUUGCAAAUAAAUAUUCCUUAAAGGUUCAUAUACGUCGUUUCCAUGAGUACAGAGAGUAUCCUUUCAAAUGUGAAAUAUGUGAUCAAGCAUUCUUCAAAGAUAUUCAAUUGCAAAAUCAUUCUUUCAUCCACUCAGGUGUAUUGCCUUUUAAAUGUGAGAUAUGCGGCCGAAGAUUUGCUACAAACAAAAAAUGUAAACAGCACAAAAGUUACCACAGUAUUUACUCAUGUGACUGUGGUGAAACACUAUAUCUUUGGCCGGAUUUGGUGGCACAUCGAAAAAUCUGUAUUCUAACUAUGAAAGAAUUCAUAUGUGACAUCUGCAAAAAAACGUUUUCUUCUCAAACCAAUUUAAACUCGCACCAAGCGACACACAAAGAGAUGGCAGAGAGAAAAAUAUAUGCUUGUGAAUAUGAAGGAUGCGAAAGGAUUUAUUUCUACAAAAAUAAUUUAAACCAUCAUGUCACCACAUUCCAUGAAAAGAAGAAAAAGAAAAUCCCAUGUCCUGUAGAGGGUUGCAAUGCUCAACUUUCUAAAAUGCAAAGUCUUAACUAUCAUUUGAUGUUGCACAAAACUGGCAGGAAGGUAAAAACUGGCAAUGGCAACAAAAAGUAUUUAAAUAUUGAGUCUACUGUAAAUGAAAGUUUAGUAGAUCAAGACCUUGACUAUUCUAAUGAAUCUAUAAUCAAUUCAGAAUCAAAUAAAUCUAGAGAAAGUGAUGGGAUUAAAGAUAAUCAGACUAACAUAGCGACGCACGAGAAAUUUAAUAACAUCUUGCAGUGUAGAAUAAAACAAGAAAUUGAUUCGGAACCAGAAGAGUAUUUUAAACAUAGUGAAUUUAUAUAUGAAGAAAAAGAACAAGUGGAACAUGAUGUUUUACAAACGAAUAGAACUUUUGAAUUUUGCACGGUGAAACAAGAAGUUGAUGAUUAUGCUGAGCAAAUCGUCGAUGGAACUGGAGAUUAUUAUGAUUGCAAUGAAAUUCUGAAUAUAAAACAGGAGGUGGAAGACAGUUAUUUAGAUGUACACAUAAAAAAAGAGAUUGAGACAGAUUACGGGAUUUCAGGGAAUAAACAAGUAAACGCCAGCAAUGAAUAUGGUGAAUUACUGAAUUUAAAGAAAGAAGUAACUGAUGAGUUUGAUUUACAAAUAAAGAAAGAAAUACAUGCAAAUUAUGAAAUUUGUAAGGAAUAUAAUGAAUAAAUAAUUUGUUCAUUUAGUCUGCUUCUAUUGUAUAAUAUGUUUCAUAAGAUUAUUCGAAAAUCAAAAGUUUAGCUAGUAAUAACUCAGGUAAUUGGAUUGGUUGGUGAGAGGUCUCUUAUGAAUUAACGAAUACAUGUUAAAAUAUUAAAUAAUUCAUUUCACUGCAAUGAUUUAAGUAGAUCUUUAAUCUUGUUACAAUGAAAUUCGUUUCACAGCUAUUUGCAGUAGAAGAUUGCCAGUUUUAUCUUAUUAAGCGAAAUUUGGUUUGGUAAGAAACCAAUGCAGUGCAAAUAAUCAGCAGCUACAAUAUACUUGUUAAUUGUUUAAUGUCAUGAUUCAUAAUUGCAGUCGCAUAGAAUUUAUAGAUAUAUAAAUAACAUUUAUUAAACCAAUUUUAUACAUAAUUGACUGUAAUUUACGUAGGAGACAUUCUAUUAACAAUAAUAGUAAUUCCCGGCCUCUAAGUAAUACUAAUAAAUUUAUAUUUUCUACUUGUAUUAAUAACAAUACAACAUAUUUACAUAAUUAAAAGCGAAGAACAAUACUUGUAAAGUGAUGUAGCAAACCUUGUUUUUCAAGCAGUUAUAUUUGUAUCCUAAAUAAAUAAAAGUGCUAAAAAUCAA